AUGUUUGAAUUCACUAAAGUUAUUUUGAGUAAACUCUCAACAGGAGCAUCAAAAAGCGAAAUAGUCGGUACUGAUUUAAAUCUUGAAUUAAAAACUGGUCACGAAUGCGGUUUGACUUUUAAAAAGUCCGACAAAACCAUUUUGUUCUUGAGCGUUAAAUCUGAACAGCUCAACAGAUGCCUAGAGAAGGAUGUUUUCAUUAACGUUAAUAGCUCACAGUAUCUGUACAUAAUGACAUUCUCCGAUUCUGUUCAGAUAGCCCAGUUUAUGGAAGCAAUUUCUGAUGUCGCAACGAAGGAUCAAAAUGAUCGAAACAGAGGAUCUGUUUUUGAUGCAAGAACUGACACGUGGUCAGCUGUCCAGUAUUUUCAGUUUUACAGUUACCUCGGCCAGCAACAAAACAUGAUGCAGGAUUAUGUAAGGACAUCCACCUACCAACGUGCAAUUCUGGCUAAUUCGAAAAUCGAUUUCCUCGACAAAAUUGUCUUAGAUGUAGGUGCCGGUUCUGGAAUUCUAUCCUUCUUCGCAAUUCAAGCUGGCGCAAAACGUGUAUACGCAGUUGAGGCUUCCAAUAUGGCUGAGCAUUGCAAGGUUCUUGUUCAGGCCAACAAUCUCUCAGAUCGUAUCAUUGUUGUCAGUGGCAAGAUUGAGGAAAUUACCCUACCAGAAUCUGUAGAUGUCAUAAUCUCUGAGCCUAUGGGCUACAUGUUAUAUAACGAACGUAUGUUAGAGACUUACGUUCAUGCUCGAAAGUUUCUUGCUCCUCAACAUCGUGCCAAACGGAAAAAUGAGAAUGGCUCAGCAGAUACCGAAAUGCAUGAUGCAUCCACUAGUAGCAAUGCAGAGGAGGUUUUCGCUCUGUGCAAACCCGGUGUUAUGUUCCCCUCUGUUGGAAAGAUGUUUAUUGCUCCGUUCUCUGAUGAGGGCCUAUUCGCUGAGCUCUAUACUAAAUCCAACUUUUGGUAUCAACAGAGCUUCCAUGGAAUGGAUCUGACUUCCCUAAGGGAGGCAGCUGUGAAGGAGAACUUCAGCCAACCCGUUGUAGACACCUUUGAUAUCAGCAUUUGUCCCGUCAAUGAUCCUUGUGUGGACACCGUUGACUUCCGAAGCGUUGCAGAAUCAGAACUCGCUAAUAUUUACAUUCCUCUUGAAUUUACCAUCAACCAGUGCACAACUAUCCACGGUCUAGCCUUCUGGUUCGAAGUAGGAUUUUUGGGAUCAGAGGCGGAUGUUUGGCUAUCUACUUCGCCAACAGAACAACUUACACAUUGGUAUCAGGUACGCUGUUUACUUGGAAAUGCUCUGCUUGUACAAGAGGGACAAGUGUUGACAGGCCAUGUCAAGAUGGCUGCCAACUCUCGUCAGUCUUAUGAUGUGGAAAUUGAACUUGUGGUACCUACCACUGGCAUAAAGCUAACCAACCACCUGGAUUUAAAAAAUCCCCUCUUCCGUUACACCGGUUAUCCCCCUGCUCCACCCCCUGGAUAUCACUCCAAGUCACCCACUGAGGCUUACUAUAACAGCUUGAACACGGGAUGCGCUUUAGGGCAAGUUCAACAGCAGGCACAACAGGCAGUAACGGCGGCUUAUGUGACUACGAAUGCUGUCAGCCCUGUGAACACCGCUGCGCCUGCCACCCUCAUGUUCCCAGCGUCAGCCGCGGUUGACCAUGAUGUAGCAUCACCUAUGGGUAUGAUCCCUACUGCUGUAGGCACUGUUAUUCCUCAAUCUGUCACUGGGUUGACACUGAAUGCAAAUAAUGCCGAUAUACUCACCAAUGGGUGGGCUAUUGGAGGUCAACCUCCCGUGUUAAAUCAAGCUGGUGGCCGCUUUCUCCUGACAUCUCAAGUGGAUUAUAGUCCGCGUGCAUCAAUUUCGUAA